AUAUUGCUGGGGCAGAAGUACAACACCUCUGUUGACUGGUGGUCCUUUGGUGUUCUCCUGUAUGAGAUGCUUAUUGGCCAAUCUCCUUUCCAUGGCCAAGAUGAAGAGGAGCUUUUCCAGUCUAUCCGUAUGGAUAACCCAUUCUACCCUCGCUGGCUUGACAAGGAUGCAAAGGACAUUUUGGUGAAGCUUUUUGUGAGAGAACCUGAGAGGAGACUGGGAGCAAGAGGGAACAUCCGCCAGCACGCCUUUUUCCGGGAAAUAAACUGGGAAGCUUUAGAAGAAAGAAGGAUGGAGCCUCCUUUCAAACCAAGAGUGAAAUCUCCGAGUGACUGUAGCAACUUCGACAAGGAAUUUCUAAAUGAAAAACCUAGACUGUCCUGUGCCGACCGAGCACUGAUUAACAGCAUGGACCAAAAUAUGUUCAGCAACUUCUCUUUCGUGAACCCUAAAAUGGAGAAAAUAUUUUCCUGAGAUCUGCCUUGCUGAAGGAAUUCUCUGUAAUAGUUUGAGUAACACUUUGUCAACUGAAGACUGUGCACGGUUGUUUUUACCAAGAACCCUCCAGAAAAACACCUCAGUGAAAGUUUGUACCAUGCCUGGAGGCUUCCAGCUUAUUCCAGUCCGUAGCAGAUGCCUGCCACUCUUCAUUA